AUGGCGGCGACUCAAAGAGAUGACGAGCUCAAGCGACAGCUUCGGGCCAGAUUCGUAGGCAAGAAGUUGAAUGAGGUGCCGACGCCCUCUGUCGUGUUGGAUUUGGCGAAGCUUCGAGUGAACUGCGAGCGCAUGCUUGACGCAACCGAGAGGCUGGGCCUGCUAUGGCGCGCCCAUAUCAAGUCUCACAAAGUCCUCUUCUCCUUUCCCCUAUUCCCAUCCGCCGUCUCCCGGCUAGCCGCCAUCGCCUCCAGUCUCGGCCCUCAAUCCCUAUCACUAAUGAUCGACAACAUUUCCCAACUCAGCUGCGUAGCAGCCAUCUCCGCGACCGUCCCCUCCAGCCACCUGCCCCUCAUCUUCCUCAAGAUCGACACGGGCUACGGCCGGGCCGGCGUCGUCCCUUCGUCCGCGGCAUGCGAGGCCCUCAUUGACGCGGCCCUGGCCGAGGAGGCCAAAGGAACCUGCGUCUUGCACGGCCUCUACUCCCACGCGGGACACAGCUAUGGCGCGAGGGACGACCUGGAUGCGAUGUAUUACCUGGUCGAUGAGUUUGCCGGGUUGGCCAGGGUGGCGCGGCGGGUUAGGGCGAAAAGCCCUGACCAUGAAUUAGUGCUCUCCGUCGGGGCUACGCCGACGACUACGGCGGUUCAGUAUCCUUGCUUGUUUUCGGCGGGCGGUGACGCUAAGGAGAGGGUGGGGAUGGCCAGGGAGGUGGAGAUGAUAGUUGCGGAGUUGAAGGGCGGCGGGUAUAGACUGGAAGUUCAUGCCGGGGUUUACCCGACCCUAGACCUGCAGCAGCUGGCCACCCACGCGAGAGACUCGUCUCUUAUGACGGCGGACGACAUUGCAAUCAGUGUGGUCGCAGAGGUGGCCUCGGUCUACCCUGGCCGUGGAGGCAACCGCACAACAGAAGCCCUCAUCAAUGCCGGCACCCUGGCACUCGGCCGCGAGCCCGUGGCCGACAGAGGCGAAGACCCCGACCAGGACUACUCCGGCUGGGGGAUCUUGAUGCCCUGGGGAUUAGACAACCCGAAGCCAGGCCCAGACUUUCCGAGGGUGCAUGGCGGUUGGCAAGUCGGCCGCAUCAGUCAGGAGCACGGCAUCCUGGUCUGGAAAGGCAGGAAAGAGGAAGAGGUGCCUCUCCACUUUGGGCAGAGGGUCCGCGUGUGGCCUAACCAUAGCUGCAUUGCGGGUGCCUGCUUCGACUACUAUUUGAUCAUUGAUAGCAGUGGGCCGAAGGACGAGGUUAUAGAUGUCUGGCCAAGGUGGCGAGGUUGGUGA